GUCCAAGAUGGCUUCCAGUGAGGAGGCGAUCGAGCAAGCUUUGCAGAGAAGAGGUGUAAAACGGGAUAAAGAUGUGGAAGAAUUGUACUUGUCAAACAGAAACCUUGUUGAGAUGAUUGACUUGAAACGCUUCAGAUACCUGAAAAAAUUAUGGGCCAAUGGGAAUAAGCUACGCAGGGCAAAUUUCCUCAGUGUAAAUUUCCGUCUCAGCGAACUUCACUUGCAUGACAAUCAGCUGAGCGACAUUUCAGGAUGUCUGCGACAAUUAACCUGCCUCACCACCCUCACGUUACACAACAACCAGCUAACAAAACUGGACAAGGUGAUGAAAGAAUUUGACAGAAUGAAUGCCCUCAGCUGCCUCAAUUUAUUCAACAAUCCAAUUGCUCAAGAGCCUGAGUACCGCCUUUUUGUGAUAAAUUCUGUGCCUUCGUUAACGCUACUUGACCGAUCAGAAGUUACCAAAUCAGAAAGAGAUAUUUCUAGAAGGAUCUACAGGCAAAGUGAAGAAAAGGUGAAAGACAGAGUCGCUUUUGGGCGAAAAUCCCAAGGACCCCCAAACUUGUAUUUUCCUUCUACUCCGAGAAAGUCGUUUGCACUGAGACCAGAUACAGCAGAGAUUGCUAACAACUAUUUGAAGAAUAACCCAUCGUUCAGUAACCCUGAGGAGGCAGUUAACACUCGAAGGUUGAAAAAAUCUCUCACUAUGUACAGCAGUUUUGACUGGGGAAAGGUUCCCAGGAUCGAAGACAGGAGGCGAUCAGCAGUGCAGUUUGGCUCUCCGAGGAUAAUCACACAGGUCUACCGAUAGCCAGUAUUAUAUGGACUAUAGUGCUGUUUUGUAAUGUGGUAGUGUUUUCACAGUCUCUAAGUACUGUGAAAAGACAGGAUGAUAUUAGAAGGAACAUUAAUCAGCUGUUUGACAUAAGCUGCUUUCCGCUUCAUUUUGAUGUCACAGUAAGCCAGUAAUUCUGAAAAAGCACUUAUUGCCACGGAAAUCUUUUUUGUGGGCACGUUUUACGUUUUUCCUUAUGUUCUUGUUUUUCUUAAUGUGAACAGCUGCACUAUUCAUUGUUAUACGUGCCGUUCAAACAAUUGUUUGAUGGUGCUUGAAAAAUAUUGGUCUUGGGAUGAAAUUUCCUCAAAUGAUGUUGCCUGAAGAGCAAUAGUUUAACAUGAAAAUCAGUGUAAUAUCCAGAUGUUUUGAUGAUAUCAUCAGUAUUUAAUGUCAGCUCACUGUUCCAUUUUCUUUUCGCUAGCCAUCCUAUACUAGGCUGAAACUUGCUCCUCAGAAAUUUGAAAUUCUGUAGAUGCUUAUUCAUACCUUGAAACAGGCUCUAAUCAUGUCAGUCUACUCUGUUUGUAAAUUAUUAAUCGUUGUGACACAACAAUCGAAGCAGAACUAUAAAUUCCAAUUCAAUUAACUGUUUAACUCAUUUUCAUAUGAAGCUGCUUAAAAUUUCUACUAAUGUUCUGAGUAUCUUUUUUAAAGCGAAAACUAUAGGACAGAAAUAUCACAAGAAAAUGUACUCCUGACAUAAGUCUGGGAUGUAGAUUUCCCCCCCUUUGUGUUUUAAACAGAUUUAUGCUUCUUGCGUGUGUGUUGAAUGUUCCAAAGAGAAGUCAUUGUAGGAAACAUUCAUCCUUUAUUUCAAUUAAGUAAAAUGAGCAUUUGUAAUCAAAACUGUCGUUACCUUCUUCUGAAUAUCUGCUCGAGUACAUUUGUCAUCUGUUUUUGUUUUUCCUCUGAGAAGCUUUUAAAUGGGAGAACCAUUAUUACAAUAGGCGUGGUUGGUUGUCAAAAUACUAUUAUAUGCUGUGUAACUCUUUCUUGUAUUGCAUUUAGCCUGAUGUUGAUGCAGAAAUGUAUAGAUUACUGACAUGUUUUGUUUUUUUCUUCUAUGGGAAAUUAUACUCAGUGUCAAAGUAUUUGACUUAGUAUGAUAUUUUUUACGAUACUGUUACUUAAUAUGAGAAUGUUAAACAACAUGACUUAUUGAAGUCUCUUUUUCUUCAAGUUUGCUCUAACAUCAAGUAUGCUGUGUAAAUAAAGUUAGUACUCCAUUAGAAAAUGGUAGAAUCACUGAAACUUGUACUAGUGAAGUAAGAAAACAGAAAAAAUACCACUUUGUCUAUAAUGUGCGGAUAUAAUGGUUGUGAGAGAAUACACAAUACAACCCCAGUACAGACAACAUUGCGAAACCUGGCCAUUGCUGCCCAUGGGUGCAAUGUCUUGCUUCCUGUUGGUGAAUGAAGUGAGAAAAAUGGGGUAAAGUACUUUUCCAAAGAUAAAACAUCAUGUUUAACAGAACCAAGAAUUAAACUGAAAACAUUUUUAUAGCUAGUCCAGCGCCUUACUGCUUGACCAGGGUACAGGUGGUAGAUAUGUACUAUAGCAUACUUCUUAUUAUUCUGAUGUCGGCUGCUUCUGAGCCACACUUUUAAGGGUAAAUAUGAUCUUUGAACCCAUGAAUGUUGAAAAGGGAAGUGCACAACGUACUACAUGCUUUUGAAUUAUUUACUUUCUAUUUUUAUGUCAGAUGAUAAAACUCUACCUGGGGGUGGAAUAUUUGUUAAUUUCUUGUGCCAAGAAAGAUCUCUGCACCUGUUUCAUUGAAAUAAUACGUUUCUUCUUUUGGCUAUUUGAUUCGGUUGAACAUAAUGAAUUGAUUUCAUUUUCUCUACAACUAAGAAUUGUUUACAUUCUAUGUGAUGUAUUUUCUUUUAUGUUCUUAUUAAUUGAGAUACUUAAUCAAGUGAGGGAACAGUUUCACUAAAUAAUUUUUUUCUACAUACAGAGAAAGUUACAAGAGUGGUAGGAUCUAGUCAGAUAUGUAACAAACACAAGUCUUUAAUUGUCUAGCUGUCUGGUUGGCUGUCCCAAAUUGAAGUUCUUAGGCUAUGGUCAUUUCAGAAGUUUUCUUGGCUCUCCAUCCACUCAGCUCAGCCUAUAGGAGAUUGACGUAAUAUUGGAAGUCCCAACUUGAAAAUUACCUCGCCUUUCUGCGUUUUAAAGGACAUGAAACCUUUGCCAUGCCAUGAAUCUUUAUAGAGACAAUUUUUAAUUAACGAAGCCUAAUAUUUUUGAAGCCCCUAGUUAUCAGUUGAAAUGUUGGGGAAAAUUGAAAAGAAAUAUAGCAGUUGGAAGGAAAUGAAACAGCUUUUAGGUAACUCAAUCAUCAUUGAUAAAGCAUGUUGUGAUUUAUGCACCUUUUUCUAUUAUUUCUAUGUUUUUUUAUUUAUGGUACUUCAGUUCGUAAUUUUUAUGAACAGGAAAUUGUAACUAAAGGUGAUCUUAAGGUUCCUGAUAUUCUACUUCAUUUUGUUCAAUGUGAUCCGGUGUGCUUGUGUAACAUAACGAGAAAACUACCUUUUUUUAUACACUUCUUUUCUCUGUGAACUGGUUGGGUUUUUUUCACUGGUGAUCAACAGGUUCCAGAUUAGUCAUAAGUUGUUGGCUUGUCUUCUAUUAAUGGUCAAGUUUUUUUCUUUCCAAUUGAUUUGUUUCUUAUGAACACAUAUGUUGCUGUCCUUCCUUAUACAAGUGUUGGACUUUCAAAGCAUUGAUGUCUUUGAGUACAUUAAUACACAGCUGGUGUUUUGGGGACAUUUUUUGGCAUGAGAAGUUUAUUGCUAUUUACACCAGGUCUCUAACAAGAAUAAAAUAAUUUAUAAGAGCGGUCUUGUAACCACAGCAGGUGAGAAACAUAUUGGCCUACCAUUUGAAAUAGACAUUCAUAAAUUGUGUGUGCUUGUGAGCUCUUCUGUUAUUGUCUCCAAAUCUUCAGUUGUUAUAUCAUUUCCCUUUGAAUCCUAUAUUAUACUCAUUUCAUAUCUGGCAUUACUAAUAGCUUCUUUUGCUCAUGUAAAUUAAUGUCUGUCAAUGUAAUUCUUGUGUAAAAAUGUCUAUGUAAACUCUUUUACACCCUGUGCUUUCCUUCACCCGAUUGUAGUUUAUUAUAUUCCUUCUUUGCACCAAAGAUUAUUGCAAUCAGUCUUGAUAAAUGUAUAUCACAUGAUAUUCCCUAUAGAAGCUCCAAGCUUGCGCUGUGACUUGACAUUCAUUCCAUAUUCUAGAAUUUUUGCUUCCUAAGAUUAAAAUGUUUACAAAUUUGAAAGAUUUAAAACUGCUCCCUUCACUAAAUUCUGUAGUACCAUCUAGGACUUACAUUUUUUCUUUUAGGUCUGUUAUCGCCAGUUGCCCAGUUGAAAAGUUGAACUGGACGAUAUGGAAAACAAAUUAAAACUUUCUUUCUAUUGUAAAUUUGAAAAUGAACAUACACAUUUUAUUCUUUUAAAAAAAUGAGAUGGAUUCUUUCUGAUUUAGUCAAUGUUUUAAUUCAUUCAGGGUGACAACUAGGGGAAAGCAAUGUAAUUUGUAAUGUCAAGACUUCUUUUUAUACUAAGCAGUUAAAAACCAUGAUUCUAUUUACAAAUUAGAUUUGAAAAGUAUAUGCUAAAAAUGAUUAUUUGUCAAGAUAAGUAUCUCUGUCUCAUCUUACAUACUUACUUAUACUUUUGAAUGGAUAUGUACCAUUGUCCUUUCGUGAUGAAAUGUGUCACAACACGGUGGAAUCAGGCACUCAUCAGUUUUUUGGGGCAUAUAAAGAGUUAUUGAUAUAUGAUAAUGAAGCCUGUUCAGUUGGCUUUCUUUUAUUAAAAAUAGAUACUAAUUUGUCUUGAACAGAAGUCAAGAUAAUAGUGACUGAAGGAGAUAGGGGUUGCCUGGUGUCAGAAGUGAAGUUACUGAGAAAUGGCCGCAAAAGGUUGGUGAUUUCCAAAGCAGAAGAUACCUUGGCAAGUGCAAAUUAAAGUGUUGUGCCUUUGACCAAGGUUUUUCAGAAAAAUCCUCACAGAAAUGUUUUUUAAAUGGACAUAAAAGAUGUUGAGCCAACAAUUAAAAAUUUGAUGAAAAUUGCCCAACGGGCAGAAAAAUAACGAUUUCUUGGAUCUCAUUAUUUUGGCGAGCGCCUGAUUUUACCACCACAUAUGCCACAAAUCAUUUUGAAGCCAAAAGGGUGUCAGAUUGCAACGAUGAAUUGUAAAUGUUUAUUUAAAAAAUUUUAUCAAAGAAAACAAACUGUCUCAAUUGUGAAAGAUACCCUUGAUUCCUAGCCUUCUGAUUCUGAAGUAAAUCAUAAUACAUAUAUAUAUAUAUAAUUUUUGUUGUUGUUGAUAGAAUAGUCCUUUCAAAUUCAAAUUUCAGAAAAUUAAAGUGACUUGAACCAGGGGCAUUUUUUUAAACCUAUCUUAGGGACAAAGUGGAUCCAUCCAAGAGAAAUCUCCGCUUGCCUUUUUUACCCCAUGAAAGUUGCUUUCAUUUUACAUUGACAAAGGCAGAGAGUCUAUGAUCCUUAUUUGUCAACUCAUUGAAACUGCAGAUUCCAGUUCUCAGUUCGCCCUAAAGGAUGAAGUAUUUCUAAAUGUUUUCAAAAAAACCUAUAGAAACCCCAAAUAAUGAUAGAAGCAAACAGUGUUUUUUUUUAAAUCAUCAAAACUCUGAAUAAGCAAAAAGAUAAAAAGUAAAGACAUUCUUUUCUUGCUGAAAACAUAGACUGAAAUUACUUUCAAUAUACUUUUUAAAAAUUGCAAAAACUGUUAGUUUAAUUUAAACUCUGUGUUGCAUAAAAAUCGGUAGAACAUGUCAAAUUUUGUUAGUUCAAUCUUCUUUCUUUUCAAAACCUUACAGCUAUCUUUAAAAAAAUGAUAAACAUUACUAUUCAAGAUGAUGCGGACCCUUUGUAGAGGCUGAAUGCCUUUGGUGGCCAGCAUGGUCUCCUUUGAUUACAAUUUUUAAGGUUGAGAGUUUAUAUGUCAGCACUCGUAAUUUAUUUUGUGGUUGGGCAGUAUUUUUCAUUGAUGUACUUGUAUUCUAUACGGUAAUGGAGACCUCAGCUCUUUCAGGACAUCAUUUUUGUAACCUUUCAAAUCAUUCUGAAGGUAUAGAAAUAAAAUGGCUUUUAGAGGUGGUGUAAUAUGUUCCCCCAGAAGUUACUGAAAUAUGUCUGAGAAGACUUAGUCUACAAGUGCUCCAUUGUCAAUGUUUUAAGGCGAUUCAUACAUAGAUUUUUAAAUUUGACUUUGAUACAUAUAAUUCAAAAUCGGAGACCUGUUUUGCUUUGCUUUGUUCUAAAAAAAAUUCUAAUGAAAUAGUUUCCACCUGCUAUAUGCGCAUGUUGUGUGGCCAAACGAACCACCGGAUGCUUGGUAGUAUGUGGUUUGCUUCUCCUUAUGAUGUCAGUUUUAACACCUAUUCUGUCUUGCAUCAAUAGUUCUUUGCAGUCAAAUAGGAGGUGACACAUCAACUUCACUGGUGUAUUGGUUCGACUUUUUGCCAUUAUACACAGAAGACCUGAAAGCUAAUUAAUGAUGUACUCCAUCUGUUUGCUGUGAUAUUGUUUCACACUUAACCUGGUUUGGCCCUGGCAGGCAGAGAGAAAGCUGUCCAACUCCUAAAUGAUCUAAACUGUCUGGAUGGAAGUGUAAGACAUCAACAAUAUCAUAGAAAGUGACAUGGGAGGCCACCUUCCCCUUCCUGCUCAGCUGUUUUUAUGUUUCUCCAUUUUCUUUAAAACGCCUGGCUGAACAUUUGUAAAUUCAUUUUUGGAUGAGUAACUAAUAUUAUAUUAGCCAACAGUCGGGCAGAAUCUUGCCAAAUUGUAGACAUUUUGGUAUAAAGUAUAAUGGAGAAGUGAUGUUUUAAAUAAUUUUUAGCAUCCCAUCAGUGUCUCAAACUGCUUUUCAGUUAUUUUGUCUCAUUAUUCUGAAAUGAUGUGCUCCUUCUCCUGCCUCUUUUUAUGGGCUCUCAGGCCCAUGAGUUGUUUCUGGAAAAGAAUGAAAAUUUUGAUUCUUUAAUAUCUGUUUAUGAUAAUAUUUUUCUUAUGUUUUGGAUAUAUAUAUAUAUUUUUUAGAACAGUUAUGAAAUAAAUACUUAGUCUUUAUAAAAAGUUUUGGAAACCCUCUGAAAUUUUAAAUAAACAAGGUGCAAUUGAUGAA